CCAUUUUUAAAUUUUCUUCUUUUUGAGAGAGAAAAAAAAAAAUAACUUUAAAAUGACAAAAGGAUUUUCACUAGAACAAGAUUUAAGAUUAUUAAUAAAUAAUCCAAAGUAUAGCGACGUAGAAAUUUUAUGCGAGGAUGAAAAGAAAUUAUAUGGUUGUAGAGCAAUUUUAGCAGCAAGGUCCGAAGUAUUUGAUAGACUGCUUUAUAAUGGAAUGAAAGAAAGUUAUGAUAAUAAAAUUUCUUUUCCAAAGAUUAAUUCCGCAGGGAUGGAAAUCAUAUUAGAAUAUAUUUAUACAGGUUCAGUUAAAGUAGAAUCUUUAAAAAAAGAUAUAAUUGAAGCUUUUUACGCUGCUGAUUAUUUUCAAUUAUCAGACCUUCAGGAUUUUAUUACAAAAUCAGUUAAGAAUAAUAAUUUAGUUAAAAAUUAUUCACCGGAAUUAUUAUCUAAAAUUUCAGAAAAAAUUCCAUUAACAGAAGAUAAUAUUCUUCUUAAUUUAUUGGUUGAAACAGUGGCAGUUAUGCCAUUAAAUAAUAUUGAAUUUGGUCGUUUAUCUAUUACAGGUCUUAAAUAUCUUUUAUCUUGUACACAUGAAAAAGAAUUACCUUUUGCAACUCGAGAGUAUGAAGUUUUUCGGUAUAGUGCAAUUCUAGCAGCAAAACAAGUCUCUGAUGAUACUUGUAAAGCUCUCAUAGAACUGCUACCAACCUUAGAACAAAUAGAAAAUUCAAUCAUAGUGGGAAAUAAAAUUAUCACAGACCGGCAAAAAGUAGCUAAAGAAUUAGAACCUUUGAUUAAGUUUAUUGAUUUCAGAAGAAUUAAAACUAAGAUAUUAGCCAAUUUUAUUGAGCCACUAGAAAUUAUUCCAAUUGAAAUAAUUUCUAAUUCUUAUCGACAUGUAGCACUAUUAAGUAAUUUAGAUUCAUGCGAUAUUCGUGGAAAACCUAUUAAUCUAUCCGGUUAUGUUUGGGAUGAGAAAGCAUGUGGAUCAAAACUUAUCAUUGAAGAUAACAGAAAAAUUGUACGUACACCAAUUGGUUGUGGUCACCAAAAUGUUAGAGCCAAAAUAGCAUUAGAAAGUAAUGACAUUUUUGAAUGGGAUGUAAUUAUUGAAAAAGUUUGUUGUAAUGCUUGGGUUGGAAUAUGUGCGUCAGAAAAUUUUGAUUAUGAUACCUUUGCAGGAAUUCAACCUACUGGAUGGGUAUUGGGUGACUGUGGUUUUUGUUAUAAUUCUAAUAAAAAAGUAAUGAAUUACUGUCCUUCAUUUGGUGAUGGUACAAUAGUUACAGUCCAUUUAGAUAUGAAUAAAAGAACUUGCGCUUUUACAGUCAAUGGUACAAAAUAUCCAGAAGUAUCAGCUUGGAAUAAUCUACCAUCAAAACUUUAUCCAGUAGUAUCAUUAUGUCAUCCUGGUCGUUUUCGAAUUCAACCUCAUCAAAAAAGUUAAAAUAUUUAUUACAAUUUUAUGACUUUAUAUGUAUUGUAUAUCUUUUUUGAAUACAGUAAAACUAAUUUAAGAAUUAUCAAUUAUACUAAUAUGUAC